AUGUUAGAUCGGUUAAGUUGCUUACCUGAUUCUUUAAUUACUGAUCAAAUUCUAUCUCGUUUGGAUAAAACUAAAUUCUCAAUUCGAACAGGUACUCUUUCUAAAAGAUGGGAACACCUUUGGAAAUCUGUUCCUUGUCUUUUUCUUGAUGAUUUUGCAUUUUAUACUUCUCCUAUUCAUGGUUUUGAUGUUUUUGAAGUUUGUGAUAAACCGUUUUUAAGUUUUUAUGUUGCUAUUGAUAAAACCCUAAAUCAAUAUGAGUUGGGAAAUAUAAAUAAGUUUGAAUUAGAUGCUAAUUUUGAUAAUCGAUUUGUCUCUUAUAUCAAUAGUUGGAUAGAGUUUGUUGUUAGUAAAAAUGUCAAAGAAUUCAAAAUGUAUCUGAGAUAUGUGGAAGAUGAAGAUCAGUUCUCGAUCGCUGUUCAAUCAUUUUAUUUGAAUUCACAUUUCACAAAUAUUGAAUUAGGUUUCUGUCUUCUUCAUCCGACUGUUUCUAUAAGAUGGAACAACCUUAGGCAUUUAACUAUUGAAAAUUCAGAACUAGAUGAAAAUUUGAUUGCUAAUAUUAUGUUUGGAAGCCCUUUGUUAAACAGUUUGACAUUACGUUCUUGUAUUGGUGAAUUGCUUGAUAUUAGCUGCACUAGUGUUAAGAAAUUGGUUUUAGAUGGCUAUAUUGUUGAAGACGAUCGAUCUUAUCUUACCAUCAAUGCUCCUUUUAUAUCAUCAUUAAAAAUAAUUGGUAGUUUGUGGAUCUCAAAGAUAUUGUUACAAGAUGUAUCUUGUAUACUCGAAGCGGAAUUAGGUUAUGUUUUGCCACGUUUUUUUCCGAUGGCUCGUAAGCAUGAUGAAGAAGAGUUGCUUAAAAUGCUUCUAAUAAAACUACAACAUGUGAAACAUGUCAGAAUAGGUGUUUCUUGUUAUGCGGCUCUGUCUCGUUUGGAAGUCAAAGGAUUUGUUUUACCAUCAAAUUUGAUUGGUGUAGAUGUUUCUUCACCUAACUACAUUGAUAAUGAAUUAUCUGAUAACGAGUUAGUUGAACAUGUAGAUUUUCACUGA